AAUUGGAAGUGGACGGAGUGUUAUAGCAGCUUAAAUUUUUUUUACGAAGUUUUACAUACUUUCUAACAGUUAAAAGAGUAUAUAAAACUAUGUUAGUGAAUAUAAACUUAUUAUAAAACAUACUGUAAUAUCUUUUUGAUUUUUUCAUAAAUUUUUGUGUUACAAUUUGAUAUAACAUUCCAACUGUGUCGUGUGAAAAGUUUGUUUUUAAAUAGGAUUUGUUUUGAAUUGUGUUUAGAAACGUUACACACGUUUUAUUGGAUUUGAGACUUGCACUACGCCCGUUAAACCGGUUUUGAUCAAUAUGCUACCAAGGAAAAGAAGUAUGAAAGGGUUUAUAUUGACUAUUGUCAUGCUCAUAAAAUACUCCGAACAAUACGGCUCGGGAGCACCUCCUGGGGCAUGUCUAGACCAGAUGCCGCGUCACGGGGGUAUACCAGGACAAUCAUCACAACCCCCAUAUGCUAUAUACACCGCUUCUCAAGUCCGGCAAGGCGACAUACUCAAUGUAACCAUCGGUAGCGCGUUAGGCGCCCCUGUGCCUAUAGGAGGGUUCCUAUUACAAGCUAGACAAGUUCAGAAUCCAGAUACAAUAGAGGGUACAUUCACAAAAGUACCGAAUACAGAAAUAACACAGAUUAUAAGCUGCAGAGGGAACAAUGAUUCUGUGACUCACACUAAUCCUGAAGCCAAACCGGAACUGACCUUUCAAUGGAAGGCGCCUGAUGAUUAUUUGGGAGGGAUAUUCUUUAGAGCAACGGUAGCACAAAACUAUGCUACAUUCUGGAAGAACGUUGAAUCACCUAUCGUAGAGGUUGUCACUCCCGACACCGUCAUCACUACAACGCAGCCCGCUCCCAUCACCAGACCACCCGCAGCGGCAUCUUCCACCACGGAAACUAACAUUAAAACAACGACAGCGAAACCCGAUAUCAUAUACCAAGGUUGUGAGGAUACGAAACUCUGCUUCGGUGUUCCUCAAAAUUGUAUAAAAAGUGGCAACUGCAAAGCGAUAGUUGCAGUUUUUGUUGCUGGCGACACUUACACUUUCGAAAUACAGGGCACAGAUAACCCUAAAUAUGUCGCCGCGGGAUUGAGCACAGAUAAUAAAAUGGGCGACGACAGCGCCAUGGAAUGUAUUAGAAAUGAUAAUGGCAGAGUAUCUUUGUUCACUUCUUGGACUUAUCCUAAAGCGGAACCUUAUGUAAGAAGGUCUGAUUCACCGCAAGAAAUAGUGCAGUUGCUAGAAUCUUCUAUAAUCGAUGGGAAAUUGUACUGCAAAUUUAGACGGGACACUGUCUCUGUGGUUAUGGGACAGACGUUCGAUUUGGCGAGUAAUAAAUAUAAUUUGAUGGUCGUCUCUGGUGAUAGUAUGAAAGAACCAGAUCGCGUGGGAUUCCACUCCCUCGCCUUCGAGUCUACAGGUGAACCGGUCGCGCUGGCCACAGUGGGCGCGCCCGCCGCCGCCAGCAAACUGCUCAUCAAACUGCACGGUAGCUUCAUGUUAUUGGCUUGGCUGGGUAGCGCUUCUAUUGGUAUACUACUCGCUAGGUACUUCAGACAGACGUGGGUAGGGAAACAAUUGGGUGGCAAAGACAUCUGGUUUGCUUUCCAUCGUAUCCUGAUGGUGUUGACUUGGCUGCUGACGAUGCUGGGCUUCAUCCUCAUCCUGAUAGAGGUCGGCGGCUGGUCCUCCGCUGGCGGGAACCCGCACGCCAUCACUGGCAUCGUCACUGUCAUACUGUGCUUCAUACAGCCCAUUGGAGCAUAUUUCAGACCUCACCCCGGCACUAAGAAGAGGCCUAUUUUCAACUGGUUGCAUUGGUUCUUUGGUAACUCCGCACACAUACUUGGAAUUGUGACUAUAUUCCUUGCGGUGUAUCUACAAAAAGCUGAACUCCCUAUAUGGAGUGUGUACAUUCUCGCUGCGUUUGUCGCCUUCCACGUUAUUAUGCAUAUUAUACUAUCGCUGACGGUGUGCGUGUCGGAGGGACGCAUCAGCAACGGACGCGUCAACUCCUUCCCCAUGAAGGACAUGAUGGGCCAGCCGCGCCAGCUCGCGCACGUCGACCGCAGCACGGACGCGCCGUUCUCGAGUUUUAGAAGACAAGUGCUGAGUAUCUACGUGCCGAUUAUUUUGAUAAUAGUUGUGGCAAUGAUAUGUCUGGUUGCGUUAGCGCCAAUCGCGGACACUUACAAUAAUAUUACAGGCGUUUGAUAUGUAUAUUGAACUUCUGACCACCGAUAGAAAACAUUCAGGAUAUGCGUUAAACUUAGGCUGAUUUUCCACUGGCGAAAAACAUGUUAUUCUUUUGAUAUUGACAAUAUUUUAAAUGCAGUGGGACACAAAACAAAAAAAAAACAAUUAUAAUUAGUCACAAAAUCUAAUUCAUAUAAAAUAAAUACGUAUGCCAGUCGCUGGCAUACUGGUAUGGUGUGCACUAUAUUCAGGGAUGUGUAAAGGCUAACUGGACUUAGCUUUUGGCUAAGAA